UAACCAGAGAAAGAUAGAGAGAGAAAGCCUGAGAGAGAGAGAGAGAGAGAGAGAAUCAAAUCAUCCGAACCUAAAAAUCUUCUCUCUCUUCACUUUCCAAAUUUUUUAUCUUUUUGCUAUCUUCACAUCCAAGUUUCCUCCCAUUUCUAAUUUCACUUUCUCCCUCAGAGAUUUCCGGAAAAUUUUUCAUAAACUUCACAUUUUUCCAAAGAAAAAGAUUCGAACUUGCCGGAAUUCCCAUUACGAUUUUGGCUUAUGAAUUGUGAUUUGGGUAGUUUGAGCAAGUUGGAUUAACGGGUAGGAGUUGAAUUUUAACGCCCAGAUUUUUGGUGUUUUUUUUUUCUGGGUUUUUUUUGGCGGUAAAUGGCGACGGAGCAAGUCUUGCCGUUCUCCAUAGCUUCUGUGGUUGAAUGCGUUCUUCAGAAGCAUGGGAGUCGUUUAAACGAUAUCGACUUGGCUUCUAGGAAGGCCGAGGAAGCAUCGUUGAGAAGGUAUGAAGCAGCAAGGUGGCUAAGAAAGACCGUUGGCGUCGUUGGGGGUAAAGAUUUGCCGGCUGAGCCUUCGGAAGAGGAUUUCCGCCUCGGAUUGCGCAGUGGAAUAAUCCUCUGCAAUGUUCUCAACAAAGUUCAACCCGGAGCUGUGCCGAAGGUAGUUGAAGGCCCUUGUGACUCCGUUAUUAUUCCCGAUGGGGCGGCUUUGUCAGCGUAUCAGUACUUCGAAAAUGUCAGGAACUUCCUUGUGUCUGUUGAGGAAAUGGGGCUUCCAACCUUUGAAGCCUCGGAUUUGGAACAGGGAGGGAAAUCCGCAAGGAUUGUGAACUGCGUUCUAGCAUUGAAAUCAUACUCUGAGUGGAAACAAGGAGGUGCAAUUGGAUCGUGGAAAUAUUGUGGAGCUUUGAAACCAACUACCUGCGGGAAAUACUUCGUGCGAAAAAAUUCAGAACCCUUUUCAAAUUCCUUUCCAAUGACCUUAUCAUGGGGCGAAAAGUCCCACGAUAGUUUGUCCAGUGAAGAUCUCAAUGAAGCAAGUUCCUCUCAUUCUUUACAUGUGCUAGUCCGUGAACUGCUUUCAGACAAGAGGCAGGAAGACAUACCAAUCAUUGUGGAAAAUAUGCUGAGUAAAGUCAUGGAGGAGUUUGAGCAUCGGUUAGCAAGCCAAGGCGAACUGAUGAAAACAGCUUCCAGAGAUAUGACGUUGUCCGGCCCUGAUAGACCUCUUUCGGACUGUGCCUCUGAAUGUGCUUCUGGUGAUAUGAAGAUUGAAGAGAAAGCUUCCUCUGAAACCAAAGAGGAGGAAAUAUACAACCAAAGCGAGGUAUCGAAAAGUCAGUCUUUAAAGCAGAUAACGUUGGUUGAUCGACAACAGAAAGACAUCCAGGAAUUGAAACAUACUCUAUACGAUACAAAAGCAGGAAUGAAGCUUCUACAAAUGAGGUACCAGCAGGAGUUCAACAACCUAGGCAAGCACCUCCAUGGUUUGGCUUCUGCAGCGACAGGAUAUCAGAAGGUUCUUGAAGAAAAUCGCAAGUUAUACAAUCAAGUGCAGGAUUUGAAAGGAAAUAUAAGGGUAUACUGUCGAGUGCGGCCCUUCUUGCCUGGGCAACCAAAUCGGGCCAGUACUUAUGAUCACAUAGAUGACAGAAGUCUUAAAAUUAUCACUCCCUCCAAAUAUGGCAAAGAGGGAAGGAAAUCUUUCACUUUCAACAAAGUUUUUGGUCCCUUUUCAACCCAAGAGGAGGUGUUUUCAGAUACGCAGCCUCUGAUUCGGUCUGUUCUCGAUGGUUACAAUGUCUGUAUAUUUGCUUAUGGCCAAACGGGAUCAGGGAAAACUUUUACAAUGACUGGACCGAAGGAGAUUACAGAGGAAAGUCGAGGUGUAAAUUACAGAGCACUCAGUGAUUUAUUUUAUCUAUCAGAACAGAGAAAGGACACCAUUUGUUACGAAAUUUCUGUUCAGAUGCUUGAAAUUUACAAUGAGCAAGUCAAGGAUCUCCUUGCGGUGGAGGGUUCUAGCAAACGAUUAGAAAUUCGCAACAGCUCUCAAAACGGAAUUAAUGUACCUGAGGCGAACCUUGUUCCCGUAUCAUCGACUUCUGAUGUUAUAUAUUUGAUGAACCUUGGGCAUAAGAAUCGUUCAGUGAGUGCCACAGCCAUGAAUGACAGGAGUAGUAGGUCGCACAGUUGCUUGACAGUACAUAUUCACGGAAGAGACCUGACGUCAGGAAGUAUUCUUCGGGGUUGUAUGCAUCUAGUUGACUUGGCAGGAAGUGAGAGAGUUGACAAAUCUGAGGUGACGGGAGACAGGUUAAAGGAGGCACAACAUAUUAACAAAUCUCUCUCAGCUUUAGGAGAUGUCAUUGCCUCUCUUGCUCAAAAGAACGCACACGUUCCUUACAGAAACAGUAAACUUACACAACUACUCCAAGACUCACUCGGAGGGCAAGCAAAGACGCUCAUGUUUGUUCAUAUCAGCCCUGAGCCUGACGCUCUCGGAGAAACACUUAGUACACUCAAAUUUGCAGAAAGAGUUUCCACAGUUGAACUUGGUGCUGCUCGAGUUAACAAAGACGGUGCAGAUGUAAAAGAACUCAAAGAACAGAUUGCUACACUUAAGGCAGCCUUAGCAAGGAAGGAAAGCGAGGGAGCGCAAGCGCAACUUAAAUAUUCUCAAUCCAUGAGCCCAGAAAGAUCUAGAAUCAAGUCUGCUGGGUCUUCCCCUUUGCAUUUUAAUCGGAAAAGCACUGGAGAUUUGGCCGGGGCUCGCAGGCAAACAGCAGAUGAUUUUGGAAACAUAGAGGUUCGCAAAAACACUGCAUUGAAGCCAAAAAGGCGAAGUUUAGAUCCUCAAGAUAUGAUGAUGCAUGCACGUUCGCCUCCCUGGCCACCUGCUUGUAAUCAAGGACUAAAUUCAAAGGAGGAAUCCGAUAAGGAUUCAGUACUUUCUGGAGAUUGGGUUGAUAAGGUCAUGGUGAACAAACAUGAAGGUGCAAAUAGAGAAGAGAAUCUAUUAGGAAGUUGGGAUAUGGACAAUAGACAGUUGCCGGAGAUGUUUGGACCGAGUAGCCUUCCUGACCCUCCGAAGUUGUACAUGGAACAACACUUUGGAAAAUUAACGGCGAGCAAAGAGGACAGCCAAGACUAUGAUGUACAAAGGAGUCGGAAUGAGAUGGCCAAUACCGAUGAUUCUGAUGAUCAGCUUGAUGCUGCAACAAGUGAUUGUUCAGAGCCAGACAUGCUUUGGCAGCAAAACCUUCCGAAACCUACCAGCAUUCCAAACGGUCUGAGGGCAAAAGCAAAGAAAACUAAUUCGAGGCCAAUAAGGAGCCCGGAAACUAGGAGUAUGAUUCCAUCGUUUAUUCCUUCGCCAUCACGGAAACCACCCAAUGGAGUUAGUCAGCCUCUGCACAGGACCUUAAGUGGAAGGUCCGGUGAAGGGAAACGAAGGCCUGGGAGUGCAAAGUGAUACCGACGACGAGGUUGCUUUUUUUAUUGUGUUUUGAGGGAAGUUGGCUGUAUGAUUCUUUUUUUUGUUUUUUCGGGGUCAUUUUUGUGUGUUCACAUAUACCUAGAGAGAGAGAGAGAGAGAGAGAGAGAGAGAGAGAGAGAGAGAGAGAGAGGUUUUCUAUAGGCAAUAAUUCUGGUUGCCUGAGUUUCUCCGGUGGUGGUCAUGAGAUGUAAGUUGUCGAGCACCCCGUUCCAUCAAAGUUUAUUUUAUAUGAGUGUUGAUAUUACAGUUUGCCCUCGGGAUUGAAGCGA